UGGCUGUGCCCGAGUCCCUGUAAAGAUGUCUGAGCAGGCGGGGAGGGAGCGGAGCGGACGACUGGAAAGCAGCGCGGAGAAGCUCCGACUAUCUGCUAUUUGACCGCGGAAGGUCCGACUGUGAUGAGCAGCUAAAAUGUCCAGUAACAGCCAGGGAUCUGUGAAGGGAGAGGCAGCCACCAUGGUGCCCCCUUCUGCCUCUGCCUCCUCUCAUGGACCGCCUCUUUCUCCGUCCACCACAUCCAAAUCGCCUGAACUUCCAGAUGAGUUGGUCCAGGCCGGCUGGUCCAAAUGUUGGUCAAAAAGGGAGAACCGGCCGUACUACUUUAACAGAUUUACCAAUCAGAGCCUGUGGGAGGUGCCUGUGCUGGGUCAACAUGAUGUCAUCUCCGACCCACUGGGUCUAAACGCUGCUCCUGCAGAAGCCGGGGAUGGUAACCUUGGAAACGGCCAGAGGAAGAGGAGGAGCUCUGAGGAGCAGGGGGCGGGGCUAAACAGUGCAAAACGAGCCAAGGUGGAGCCAACCACGCCUAUCUCUCCCAGCACACCUGGAGUCAAACCUUGGAGCUCCGCCCCUGAAGAGAAGCCGGUUCCAGCCCCCACUCCCACAACUCCCACUCCGGCCCCCGCCCCUUACAGACCAGCUGUGGUCUACUGGGAUCUGGAUAUUCAGACCAACGCUGUGAUCAGAGAGCGCUCAGCAGCCAAUCACCUGCCGCCGCACCCCGAGAUCGAGCUGCAGCGAGCGCAGCUGGUCACUAAGCUGAGGCAACACUAUGCUGAGCUGUGCCACCAGAGAGAAGGCAUCGACCCACCGCGGGAGUCAUUCAACCGAUGGCUGCUGGAGAGGAAAGUGAUGGAUAAAGGUCAUGAUCCGUUAUUGCCGAGCGAAUGUGAGCCCGUCGUCUCUCCGUCCAUGUUCCGGGAGGUCAUGAAUGAUAUUCCCAUCAGGUUGUCCCGCAUCAAGUACAAGGAUGACGCUCGGAGGCUCCUCUUCAAGUACGCCGAAGCCGCCAAGAGGAUGAUAGACACCAGAAAUGCGAGUCCGGAGAGCAGGAAGGUGGUAAAGUGGAACGCGGAGGACACCAUGAACUGGCUACGCAGGGAUCACUCCGCCAGCAAAGAAGACUACAUGGACCGCCUGGAACACCUGAGGCAGCAGUGUGGGCCUCACGUCACUGCUGUCGCCAAAGACUCCGUGGAAGGAAUCUGCUCCAAGAUCUACCAGCUUUCAGCCGACUACCAACCUGUGUAUUAUCCUGCUGGUACUGAUCAGAUGUAUACCUGUUCUUUUUGUGCAGAAACGUGUGCGUCGCCGCCUCAGUCGCGGCUCGUCUACUGUUACCCGGUUCGCCUUUCGAUCCCGACCCCCACCUUGCCCCGGGUGGAGCUGCACUUUGAGAACGACAUGGCAUGUCUUCGCUUCAGAGGAGAGAUGCUGAAAAUUAACAGAGGACACUUCAGCAAGCUGGAGUUGCUGUACAGGUACAGCUGUAUUGAUGACUCUCGGUUUGAGAAGUUCCUGGCCAGAGUUUGGUGCCUCCUCAAGAGAUACCAGGCAAUGUUUGGCAGUGGAGUUCAUGAAGGGACCGGUUUACAGGGGGCGCUGCCGGUGGCGGUAUUCGAGGCGUUGAAUCGACACUUUGGCGUCACCUUCGAGUGUUUCGCCUCGCCGCUUAACUGCUACUUUAAACAGUUCUGCUCCGCCUUCCCUGACAUUGAUGGCUUCUUCGGAUCCAGAGGGCCCUUCCUGUCCUUCAGUCCAGUCAGUGGCUCAUUUGAAGCCAAUCCUCCAUUCUGUGAGGAGCUGAUGGACGCCAUGGUGACCCACUUUGAGGAACUGUUGAGUCAGUCUUCCGAGCCUCUGUCCUUCGUCGUCUUCAUCCCUGAGUGGCGUAACCCAGUGACUCCGGCUCUGACCCGGAUGGAGGCUAGUCGAUUCCGCCGCCACCAGCUGACCAUUCAAGCCUAUGAGCACGAGUACCGCUCUGGGAGUCAGCACGUCUGCAAGCGGGAUGAGAUGUACUACCGGGCCGUUCAUGGUACCGCGGUGAUUUUCCUCCAGAAUGACGCCGGAUUCGCUAAGUGGGCUCCGACACCAGAGCGUCUGGCGGAGCUGAACGCGGCCUACCGCCCCACUCUGUCCCGCACUUCCUCACUGUCCACACCGGGUCCCGCCCAGUCGGCUUCCGGAGACAGAGACUCCACCCCUAAGGCCUCUGAUAGGACACAGAGUGGUAUGAUGUCACCUGGUGGCCAUGACAACAACAACAACAAUGGCAGCAGCAGCAGUAGUAGCAGCAGCCCUCAAGACAAGCUCACUGCUCCGUAGAGGGGCGUGGUCUGCAGUGACCACGCCCCCAAUGUAAAUGUGUGUUUACAAAUGUCCUUUGUUCCUCUCACAAUGUCCCUCACCAGCACCUGUAGCACAUCCUCACCUCUGAUCGAUAAUCUACCACCGCCAUCAGGGGGCGGAGCCUCGUUCCAACUGCACUACAUCUUUUUAGUUUGUUGGCUGCUCUGAUUGGUUGAAGCUCAUCUCAGAGUGAUGUCAGUAUGGAUAGAUAAUAGGAAGCAGCUGAUUCAGAGCACCAGCAAUAAAAUCCCACCUGGGAGAAGACCCCUGAUUGGUCCAUUCUCCCCUCAAAGGCUGGUGAUUGGUUGUCAUGGCAGCUAUCAUUUCUGGGACUCGUCUUUGUUUGACUCAAAUGGAAUCUCAUCUCCUCACCGUUAAAACCAAGCUGGGUUCUGAGUAGUUGAGAACAGAGUAGUUGGGGCCACUGCCUCAGAGGGGCGGGGCAUCAAGUACAUCUUAGGCUCGUUUGUCCAUCCUGCCUUCUAAUCAGAAUAAUCAUUUUUUAUUCCCAAUCGUUUUCAUAAUCAGAUGAGUUCUGACCCUUUUUAUGAGUUUUACACAGAUAAGAUCUGUUUCGGGGG